GGUGCGCAGCCAUCACAGAGACCGGUGAUUGGGAACUGCUAAAGAUUUCAAAGUCCGAUCUGAUAGAAUGAAAGAAAUACGUUUUAAUCUUUCAUCCUUUGGGAAGUGGACUGCCGAAUGUCAUGGGUACACGUUGGAAACUGCGCAUCGAUCGGCGGCUAGUCUAACUGAUGCCGCUGCGAAAAUGCAGCUGUGUUGGGCAUUUUUUGAUUUUUAAACACAGGAAAGUUUGUUGCAUUCGAGCAACAACAACAGUUUUUAUUUUCUUUAAUUUGUGGUAAGUGGUAGCGCAGCGAUGGCUAUAGAUUCGGGAAAGCACAUUCGAGUCAGCUCACCAGGCAAAAUUAUUUUGCACGGAGAACACGCCGUAGUAUUCCAAAAGGCUGCAGUAGCUAUUAGCCUGGGACUGCGUACGCGCCUGGAUUUGCAUGAAACCGUUAACAACGAAAUAUCGUUUUCGAUGGAGCGAUUUCUGGAAAAAAGUAGUUGGAGCGUACUGGAUUUUCCGCAGCUGAUAGAUUCCGCUCAGGUCGACGAACAAGGUCCGGAAACAGUGUUGGAUGAGCCACUUUUGGCGAGGAUCGGAAGCUUUCUCGGAUCUUUCCAGUCCAGAGAAAACGAAGCUAAAAGCAAUGGAACCAGGGGAGGAGCAUUGGAUUCAAAACAGCAAGUAGCGCUUGCAAGCUUCUUCUAUGUUCUUGUCAAGCUUUGCAAGCUCAAGCGGCGGAAUGUACCUCCGUCGGUAUCAAUUUGCAUUUCUUCCGACAUCGUUGUCGGCGCUGGACUGGGGUCAUCGGCGGCGUUUUCUGUUUGUAUUUCGGCGGCAUUGCUGCAGUAUUUUGACAUUAUCGCGUGUGAUCCAAAGUUGUUUGAUGGUAUUUCCGGAAAAGCUACGCCGCUGCCCGACCAGCUGGCUCUGAUUAAUCACUGGGCUUUUCUCAUGGAAAAAAUCAUACAUGGAAACGCAUCCGGUGUUGAUAAUACCGUUAGCACUUACGGAGGCAUUAUCAAGUACCACAAUCGCGAAAUGACCAGAAUACCAUGCCGAUUGAAGCUGGAUGUUGUUUUGGUGGACACGCUAAUUCAGAGAGACACGAAAAAAAUGGUUGAUUUAGUGCAGCGACGCCGAAAGUUAUACCCAGAUGUAAUCGAUCCCAUUUUGGAUUCCAUCGAUGGAGUAUCGAACAUGGCCUAUCAGAUUCUACAACAUGGAGCUGGUGCACCUACCGCGGAAGAAUACGAAGUUCUUUCGGAACUGAUUACGAUGAACAACCAUCUUCUCUGCGCUUUGGGUGUGAGCCACCCGGCUUUGGACGCUAUAUGUGCUGCAGCACAGAAGUGGGGACAAGCAGCCAAAUUAACUGGUGCCGGUGGUGGCGGCUGUGCUCUUGUACUUUUUGAUCCAGAUAUUGUGAAAUUCGAACAUCUUCGAGAAUCUCUCAUGACGGAAUUUCGAAAAAUGGAUUUUCGGCCUCUGACUGCGGAUAUCGGAGGACCGGGAAUUCUCUUUCACUCCGUUACUUAACUACACUGAACCUUUCAAGAACUAAAAAACUUGUGAGAAUCAAAACUGGUUUCAAACACUACAAUAAAAAUAUGAACGCGUUACAUAAACUCUUCUCCUUCUUCUACGUCUUUCAGGCUCAAUACUUCCAAAGUGCCUUUCCCUUUUGUUUCGGCCCUUAUUAAUUCGUCCACAGCUCGAAAAGCACCGGGAUCAAUCAAGCAUACCUACAAAAAUGUCAGUCAGACGAAAACCUUGUAAAAUCAAGAAACAAUAUCAUAGGCGUACGCGCCUAUGGAUUUUUAGACUGCAUCAGUGAACCACAGAAAUAUUCGUACCACAUGUAAGUCUCCUUCUGCCCAGUUUUCUUCUUCGACUUUUGAUGCAAGCUUGGUCAGUUUUUCCUGAAGACGCUUGGCAUCCUUGGCCGGUAGUCCGAUGGCCAGGCGCAUCUGCGCCCUGUCGAUAUUCAUCGAUUCUUUCAGUUGUUUGAUCACUUCCAGUGCCUGGUGUAAACAGUUACUGUAACUGAGUACGUGAUGCUUGACUUCUGAAUGUUUGGAAAUUGAAAGUAAAAAAACCAACCUGUUG